AUGCUGGUCAAGGUUAAACAUCCGGCUCAGCCGCAGCUCCCAGCCAAGAAGACACCUGUCACCAGCAGAGCCAAGAAGAAGACGGUCCAAGGCAAGAAGCCUGUCGCUAAAGGAGUGGCAACACCAGGUAAAUCUGUUCCUACCACCACCUCUGCCACACAGCCAGUGGUUACCCAACACCCGCGAGAUGGCGGAAGCGCCGUCCAGUCCAGUGACACCGUAGCGAAAGACUCCGACGCGACCGCAACGGAACCCAGUCCAGUCGUCAUGGACCUGAUGACGACCAACGACGACCAAAGCCAAACCGCUGCCAAACCGGAUGGCGAGAAUGGAGAAACCAUAGCAACCGCUACCGUUCACGCUGCUACCGUUGCUGGUUCUGCACCGGUAACAUCAGCCUCUGUCCCCGUAGCUCGCCCAGUGUCUGUAAAAGGUGAAGACAAACUGUUCAACUUCAGUCCGGUAACUCAGGAGAUCCUGAAGGCCCUGGAGGCAGCAGUGCACCAACACCGCCUGGGGAGACAAGCCGAGGAACAAAGACAGGACCAGGGAGAGAAGGACAAGCCUCCAUCCGACAAGAAGAGCUCUAAAAACAAGCUACAACCUGAGAAGUCACAGACCGAUAAAAAGCCUCCAACCAAACCAGCGAAGAAGACCACAACACAGACGGAAGGUGCAAAGAAACCACCUUCAGGCUCUGGACAACCAAAGAAGAAUCAGGGGAAGACACAAGUCUAUGGAGGAAGAGGCAGGCGCAGGGACCAUUCUUCCCCAGAAAAGAGAGACUCUUCCAGGCAUAGAAGCAGCCGGGCGGCCUCCGAGGAGGAGGAGCAGGGUCCUCCGACGUCGAGACACGGCGACUCCUCUCGCUCUUCUUCUGGCUCCUGCAGGAGCAACAGACAGGAUGGCAGUCCCGCCAAGAAGAAGGGGAGGAAAGAGGAGGAGGAGAGGAGCAAGGGCCACCGGCACCAUAGUAGAACUAGCCAGUCUUCUAGGAGUGAGUCUAGAGAUCAGGAGGCAGCAGAGAGCAAGGGUUUUGGCUACGUGGUGGAUGAGUUCACUUCCGACGUCAACCCUAGUGACGCCAACCCAAUCGACCUGGACCAGUUCAACAUGGAUGAGUUUGUCACCGUGGACGAGGUGGAAGGGGAUGAGGCGGACAACGCCAACCCACCAGAAUCAUCAUCUUCAUCACCCAACCCACCAGAGCCAUCAACUUCAUCACCCAAUACCCAAGAUGGCACCUAUGGAAGGUCGGAACGAUCAUCCAAACGCAAGAGGGGUACCCCUGAUACCCCAAUUUCUACUAUGAAGUCAAGCCAGGAGAAAGAGAGACCCCUCUCCAAAAGCACUCCCACCCCAUCCUCUUCUACCUCUACCCCCCCUGGACAGAAGACUCCACGACAAGCCGCAACGGCCAAAAGAACGCAGGUGGCAAAACCUCAACCACCUACCACCUCCGGACGCAAGACCAGGUCGUCAGCCGCAGCUGCUGUUGUCGCGACGGAAGCCGCAGAAACCCGAGAAACUGACGAUGACCCCGCAGUCGGGAUGGAACCGGAGCCUCUUCCCGUGGAGCUUCUGUCUCAGCCAAUGGGGGAAGCAGCCGCUGCUCAGUUGGUAGAGGAAGUAGUGGUCACAAAGGGAAGUGACAUGGAGGGUAUGUUAUCGUCAUCCGACCACAAGGUGUCAGUGUUGGGCACGGCAUUGCCGGCGAACAAGGAAACAGACAGUGCUGGGUCAGAGAUUGAUAUGGAGACUAAAGCUGAACAACCUCCAGAGGUAGACGGGAGCGAGGGGAAGGCCCAGGCUAAAAAAGGAGACUCGAUUCUGGGUAGCAAGGCUCAGAAUGAAGGCUGCACACUGGAGCUUGGCUUGACUGAUCCGUCUUCCACAGCCAAGGAGCAAGACCGUCAUACAACCCUAGAACUACAAGGGCUUGAGACGGUGUCGGGUCACCAAGUGCCCCAAUCACUUGUUGACAAAGUGCCCAAAGAAAAUGUGGGCUUACAGAUACCCAACAAAACAGUGGUGCCUGCAGCCUCUGAAUCUACGGGUUCCCAGGAGCUCCAAACUACUCUAGAGGAACACCAAGACGAAGAAGAAUCUGCUUUCCACAUCCUGGACUCUGUAGAGGAUCAGGUGACUAUGACAGAAGCUCUGGAAAACCACUCUCCUGAAUCUAAGGGUACCUCAAAACAACAAGCGAGUUACAAAAAGGUUAAGGGUCAUAUUCAAAAGAAGGACGGCAAGAAGGUAGUACAAACCCCUGAGAAGAUACAGACCCCCCCGUGGAGUCGGAGAGGGUGA